CAUAGAAUCUCAAUAAUGCCACAAAAGCUAAGCCAUACAGAAAAAAGAUGGAUCAAGGUAACGCAUUAAUAUGGUUUCUCUUGCUAGUUGCUAUAGGAUAUGCACGAGUCCAAACUACAAAGCAUGCACGUGCAUAUUCAAAACUUUAGGAAUAUAAAUAUAUUAUAUUCCUUAAUCUUUAUGAUUGUUUCCUCUCCAUACAGAAAAGAAGACUUUUGGUCAUAACACAAACAUUCCUUACUUCCUACAUUAAACCUUCUACCACACAUUUUAUCUAUAUAAACACAUACAUAUCAAACCAUUGUUUAAUUCGCAUAUGCAUCCACAAUAAUACAACCAUAUUAUAAUCUUUCUAAAACUUGGUCAUCCUAAAGAUCUGAAAAAAUAAUACACCUUCAGCAUCAGUCAUCAUGGGUGUCCUUGGAACAGUGGCAAGAAAUUUGGAUACAAUAGUAGGAAUAACAGCCUUUCUUUUUGGCUUUAUUAUCAGGCCAGGAGCAAUGCUUCUUUACCCUCUAUAUGCAUCAAUGAGGGCGAUUGAGAGUCCUUCAACCUUAGAUGAUCAACAGUGGCUAACGUAUUGGGUUUUGUACUCCUUCAUAACCCUCUUUGAGCUUUCAUUUCAUAAGGUCCUAUCUUGGUUGCCGUUUUGGCCAUACAUGAAGCUUGUAAUAUGCAUGUGGCUGGUGCUGCCAAUGUUCAAUGGAGCAGCAUAUAUAUAUGAGAAUUAUGUGAGGAGAUACAUAAAUGUAACGAGCUAUGGAGCUAAUGAUUAUACCAUGAAGAACAAGAAGGCGAUUCAGAUGAUGAGCUUUGAUGCUAGGAAAGCUGUUGAACGCUACAUCGAUAGGCAUGGCCCUCAAGCCUUUGAAAAAGUUAUCAGUGCUGCUGAGAGAGAAGCAAACAAGCACUGAUCAUGUAUUCUUAAUUAAUUAAUGACUCUCAUCAUGAUGCAUUAACCACUUUGUAAUCAUCAAAUCUGAACUUGGCUUCACAUAUGCAUUAAAUUUUUCUAUGUAAUCUACAUGAAAUUAUAUGGCCAUGUUAUGUUAUUUUAGAUUUUGAUGCUGAAACGAAAAUUCUUCUGA